CCUCUGCAACACCAGAUGAGAGAGAGAGAGAGAGAGAGAGAGAGAGAGAGAGAGAGAGAGGAAUGGGAGAGGUGGGUUCGACGGUUCUAACAUGCUAUAAGAGCUUCUUGUUAAAGGGCAAUGGGGCGAAACGCGGUGGGCUGGAGUUGAAGGGGAAGCAUUUACCUCUAUACCCUCCAAAGCUUCAAUGCCGCGAGGGAAAACUUACUCGAUCAAAAUCAGAAUCGCAAUUGAUCAUAAAGAACCAGAUGACGAAACCCGCCACCUAUUCCUCCAGAAUUUCCACCGACAUCCCUCUCUCCGAGUCCCCUGAGGCUUCUUUCGAUGAUUAUUUGGAGGAUAAAACCAGAGUGGUCGAAGCUAUUUUUCCUGACAAAAGAAGCAGCCAACGACUUAAUGAGGAAGAGUGGAGAAUCCAGAUGUUACCAUUGCAAAUCUUGUUCCUGACCGCCUGGCCAGUAAUCGACAUGAGGGUGAGAUGUAAAUCGCAAGGGAUUGGUUAUCCCGCUGGCAUUCCCCAAGAUAUCUCAAAGGUUGUUGAGCUUGACAUUAUAAGGUGGGAGCUCCAAGGGCUAGAUGACAUUCUCAAUCCUUCAGAAUUCUCCCUUUGUGUUAAAGGGUCUUUUUACCCUGAGAGACGCGGAGCAGAAAGUCAAUUGAAAGGUCAAUUACAGAUGGACAUAAACUUUGAUCUUCCUCCUGUCGUUUCUUGGAUUCCCGAAGAUGUUCGUUUCCGGGUUGUAGAAUCGGGGCUCAAGAGAUUGGUGGAGAACAUGAAGCACAAAGUUAAUGAUAGCUUGUUAGCUGAUUAUAGUGAGUUCAAGAAGGAGAAACUCGAGGCCAAGUUUGAGCUUCUUUCGGCAUCUCCAGUGAUUGGUUCAGAGAGCUGGAAUUAGCUCCAGAAUUGAUGGAUACCAAAGUACAAA